CACUGAAAGUGAACUGAAGCAGUCCAGGUGCUGCAUUGAUGGCUACGUCAAGCAGAGCAUAGAGUUAAAACAGCUGCUCUCUUCACUGGAUGCAUGGCUCCUGUCUAGAAUUCCAAAUGCCCCUUCACAAUCCUUUUCUUAACAGGAUAAUUAAUAGGAAAAUAGACUUGUGAUUGUACAGCUGCUGUCCAGGAUUUAAUUUGCUUUCUGGUUUUACCUGUAGUAACCUUUUAAUAAUCCACCCCACAACUACUGUAUGUGUAUAACACUUUCUUUAGUGUUGUCUUAUCUUGUGAACCUAGGUUGGAAUUCCAGUGGCAUAUUUUGAUUGACAGUUAAUAGCAUUUUAUUGUACAUCUAGUCCUGGUUUAGGGAACAGGGUAAAGGUUGGUUAUCUAAUAAUUAACUAGCAUUUGUUUUUUUUCUCUCUACAGUCUCUCUCUAGGUGAUUAUUGACUGGCCCCCUCUUUGACCCAGUGUCCUAGCAACCUGCACAGAACUUGCUGACGACCACCAACUGAUUUUGGAGGAUAAGGUGGUGGAGGCGGAGUUACUGGCUUUUAUAGGGGAGAAGUGGGCAGCUUGAACAUGGGGCAGAAAGUUCCAGGAGGGAUUAAGACUGUUGAUAUGAGGGACCCGGCUUUCAGACCGCUCAAGCUUGAGCUGCAGGCUCUUGACUACACUAAGCCUGCACGAUUGGACAUGCUUUUAGACAUGCCGCCUGUUCCUCACUCUGUGCAGCUACUGCACUCGUGGAACAACGACGAUCGCUCCUUAAACAUCUUUGUAAAAGAAGAAAACCAGUUAAUAUUUCACCGGCAUCCGGUGGCACAGAGCACAGAUGGGAUCAGAGGUAAAGUAGGGUACACCAGAGGACUUCACGUGUGGGAGAUCUGCUGGGCAAUGCGACAGAGAGGCACGCAUGCGGUUGUGGGAGUUGCAACGUCGGAAGCUCCUUUGCAUUCGGUAGGAUACACGGCACUAGUCGGGAAUAACCACGAAUCCUGGGGCUGGGAUCUCGGGAGGAACAAACUGUGUCACGACGGCAAGAGUCAACCAUGUAAAACGUACCCAGCUUUCCUGGAACCCGACGAGACCUUCAUUGUACCAGAUUCCUUGUUGGUGGUGUUGGACAUGGACGAGGGGACACUCAGUUUCAUUGUGGACGGACAGUAUUUAGGAGUCGCUUUUGCAGGACUGAAGGGUAAAAAACUCCACCCUGUAGUAAGUGCUGUCUGGGGACACUGUGAAAUCCGAAUUCGUUACAUAAAUGGACUUGAUCCUGAACCACUGCCACUGCUGGACCUCUCUCGUCGUUCGGUGCGGGUCGCCCUUGGGAAGGAACGCUUGAAUGAAAUCCAUGCACUCCCCUUGCCAGCGUCCCUUAAGAACUAUCUACUCUACCAAUGAUUUGGAGUGCCUGUGGUAGAACCAGCUGGGCUGUGCGGGAGACAGGCACCAGAAGCCGCUGUCCCUCUGAUUUGCUUGUCGUCUUUUAACCAGGUCCAUGGUGACUUCCCACCUCUUCAGCCUAUUUAUUUGCUCAUUGGCCGUUCGUUGCUAGAAACAUCACUCGAACUGCUACUUUUCCUUGUCUUCCUGUAUUUUAGUUCUUGUCAUGGCUUGCUCAAACAUAUGGAUCCUUUUUUUUUUUUUUAAACAAAUUUGGGCUUGACAGUUAACUGCUGUAGAGCCUGAAAACAGAACUAGAUGGCAUCCAUGUCUCUUUGUAACUGAGAAAUGGGUUGCUAAGAUUCCAGUUUUGGGGGUGGAGGGUACAUUUUAUCACCUUUUUUUAAAUAGGGCUAAUUUUAUUUGUGGGGUGUCAUUUUUAUAAUCCAUUGAGAAACCAGGUGGACUGUUUGCAAUGUGUUUUUGUGGAUUCCUGUCAAUGAGUAGUUGGUUAGCGUCUAUCGAUAUGGUUCUGCUGUUUUUAAUGGUCCUUUCAAACCUCUUGGUGCAUUCUCGAAUGGUAGAGUUGCCUCCCUGUUUUUUAGCUGAUUUGAGCUUUUAGAAAGCCUACUAGUCCUUCAAAUUCAGUUUAAUUUUUUGAACACAUGCUCCUAGUUCCAGAAAGUUUUUGCCAAGUAGUUCUGCUUAUUGCUUUGUGUUGCGUGGAACUCCAAAAAUAUUGCCCAAUUUGGAAGUCAUGUGGCUUGGCUUUAUUGGAACAGCCAGUGCAGAUAGACCAGAGUUGAGGAAUUUCUUCCAGGUUGUAUGAAACUCCCAGUCUGACUAAUUCUAGGGGCAUGAACACCAAUGGAAAGACUGGAAAAGGAGCUUCUCAAAAUGAAUAUUGUUUUGCUCUGUGAGCUCAUUGGGUCACCCACAGCGCCAUGUUGGCUUUUGCAAUAUCCAAGCUCUCUAAGAGGCAGGGCGUUGUAUUGACUAGUUUAAAGAAGUCUCAUUCAGGGACUUGAUGCCUCGGAAGUAGUCCCAUGAUUCUGGUAUGCUGCAGGGCUCUGCAAUGCCCAACUUUGUUUUGGAAUGCAAGUUAUUUUUUUUUCCUUAUGGUGCCUGUGUGGCGGACACUACAACUAACUCGUCAAUCAGGAAUCCUUCUGCCCUAUCUUUUUAAUUUUUAAAAAUAAAUCGAGCACACUUGGAUGUUCUGGCAUGACACUUAAAUGAAAAGGAAUUUUGCUAUCAAUUUGUUUUUAACUGUGCCUGUAAAGAAGUGCAAGGUU